CGGCGGCGCGCCCGGGAGCGCGGGAUGCGCGCGGCCGAGCGGCUGCACCGAGAAGAAGAAGCGGCCGUGCGCGCCGCCGCCGCCGGGAUGGGCGCGGCCCGAGGGGAGCUGCCGGCCUGGGUCAGCUUCCCGGAUGUGGAGCGGGCGGAGUGGCUCAACAAGGUGCUGGCGCAGGCGUGGCCGUUCCUGGGGCAGUUCCUGGACAAGCUGCUCCAGCAGAGCGUGCUGGCGCAGGCGUGGCCGUUCCUGGGGCAGUUCCUGGACAAGCUGCUCCAGCAGAGCGUGUCCGUCUCCCUGUCGGACUCGAUGAUCAUGGACAGCCUCUCCUCCUACCUGGUGCUGCCCAACCGGCUCCUGGUGCCGCUGGUGCCCGACCUGCCCGAGGCCGCUCAGCUGCGCUGCCCCCUCCCCAGGGGCGUGGUGCGGGUGACGCUGGUGGCCGCGCGGGCGCUGCGCUCCAAGGAUCGCUUCCUGGGCGGGCUCGUCCAGGGCCGCUCGGACCCGUACGCGCUGCUCAGGGUGGGGACACAGGCGGCCACCAGCCGCGUCAUCGGGGACAGCCUGGACCCGGUUUGGGACGAGGUGUACGAGGUGAGCGGGACAGACAGACAGGGGGAUGGACAGACAGACAGACAGGGGGAUGGACAGAGCUCCCUGUCGGACUCGAUGAUCAUGGACAGCCUCUCCUCCUACCUGGUGCUGCCCAACCGGCUCCUGGUGCCGCUGGUGCCCGACCUGCCCGAGGCCGCUCAGCUGCGCUGCCCCCUCCCCAGGGGCGUGGUGCGGGUGACGCUGGUGGCCGCGCGGGCGCUGCGCUCCAAGGAUCGCUUCCUGGGCGGGCUCGUCCAGGGCCGCUCGGACCCGUACGCGCUGCUCAGGGUGGGGACACAGGCGGCCACCAGCCGCGUCAUCGGGGACAGCCUGGACCCGGUUUGGGACGAGGUGUACGAGGGCGUGGUGCGGGUGACGCUGGUGGCCGCGCGGGCGCUGCGCUCCAAGGAUCGCUUCCUGGGCGGGCUCGUCCAGGGCCGCUCGGACCCGUACGCGCUGCUCAGGGUGGGGACACAGGCGGCCACCAGCCGCGUCAUCGGGGACAGCCUGGACCCCACAUGGGACGAGGUGUACGAGUUCAUGGUGCACGAGGUGCCGGGCCAGGAGCUGGAGGUGGAGCUCUUCGACAAAGACCCCGACAAGGACGAUCUCCUGGGCAGGAUGAAGCUGGACCUGGGGGAGGUGCUCAAAGCUCGGGUGAUGGACGAGUGGUUCCCGCUGCAGGAGGGGGGGCAGGGCCGGCUCCACCUGCGCCUGGAGUGGCUCUCGCUGCUCUCCGACGCCUCCAAGCUGGACCAGGUUUUGGAAAAGAACCAAAAAAUCGUGGCCAAACCCGACCCCCCCUCCUCUGCCAUCCUCGUGGUGUACCUGGACAGGGCUGAGGGGCUGCCCGAGAGGAAACCAGGCAAGGAGCCCAACCCCGUGGUGCAGGUGUCGGUGCAGGACGUCACCAGGGAGAGCAAGGUGGUCUGCAACACCUCGGCCCCCGUCUGGGAGGACGCUUUCCGCUUCUUCCUGCACGACCCCCGCGACCAGGAGGUGGAUUUCCAGGUGAUCGUGGACGACGUCCCAGGGCAGGACGUGGAGUUCGAGCUCUUCGACAAGGACAUCGACAAGGACGACUUCCUGGGCAGCCCGGUGCGACCCCUCCCCACCUUGGUGCGACCCCCGCCCGCCCCGCAGGUGCUGCACACCAACCGCCUCCUGCAGCCCCAGCACGGCCCGGCGCUCUCCGCCGCUCUGCUCCGCGUCUUCCUGGACCGAGCCGCCGAGCUGCCGCUCCGCAAGGGCUCCAAGCCCCCCGCGGCCUUCGCCAGCCUGGCCGUGCGCGACGUCUCCUUCAAAACCAAGACCUGCGCCCCCUCCACGGAGCCCAUGUGGGAUGAAGGCUUCUCCUUCCUCAUCCAGCGGCCGCACGAGGAGACGCUGGAGCUGCAGGUGAAGGAGGAAGGCGGGCACAGCCUGGGCACGCUGAGCCUGCCCCUGGCACGGCUGCUGGAGCGGGAGGGGCUGGCCCUGGACGGCUGGCUGCCCCUGGCGGGGGGCGCGCAGCUCCUGCUGCGGGCGCAGCUCGGGGUGCUGGUGUCGCAGCGAGUGGAGGAGAGCGCGGCCGGCAGGGAGGAGGAGGAGGAGGAGGAGGAGGAGGGGGGGGAUGAAGAAAGCGGGGGGGGGGGCCCGGUGCGACCCCUCCCCACCUUGGUGCGACCCCCGCCCGCCCCGCAGGUGCUGCACACCAACCGCCUCCUGCAGCCCCAGCACGGCCCGGCGCUCUCCGCCGCUCUGCUCCGCGUCUUCCUGGACCGAGCCGCCGAGCUGCCGCUCCGCAAGGGCUCCAAGCCCCCCUCGGCCUUCGCCAGCCUGGCCGUGCGCGACGUCUCCUUCAAAACCAAGACCUGCGCCCCCUCCACGGAGCCCGUGUGGGACGAAGGCUUCUCCUUCCUCAUCCAGCGGCCGCACGAGGAAACGCUGGAGCUGCAGGUGAAGGGGGAAGGCGGGCACAGCCUGGGCACGCUGAGCCUGCCCCUGGCACGGCUGCUGGAGCGGGAGGGGCUGGCCCUGGACGGCUGGCUGCCCCUGGCGGGGGGCGCGCAGCUCCUGCUGCGGGCGCAGCUCGGGGUGCUGGUGUCGCAGCGAGUGGAGGAGAGCGCGGCCGGCAGGGAGGAGGAGGAGGAGGAGGAGGAGGAGGGGGGGGAUGAAGAA